AUGGAACCUAACGAUACCUUUCUCCGCGCCUUUCUCCAUGCGUGCCUUGCUGGUGACCUAUCGAAAACCCAGGAAGCCAUCGCCACCGGCCGACUAACUGCCGAAAAUCUCAAUGAGGGACUCAAGCUGGCGACACAUAUUGCAUACUCUGAGAUCAUGGCCGCUCUCUUCAAUACCGGUGCUAGCGUGUUAGCAUUAACAGUGUUAGCCAAAGACUCGGAUCUGCAGGCUAACUGGCUGACUGACUCUGUAAUUAACAGCAUGUUAAUUAAUCCUGUAUCUGCUUGUGAAUUACUGCUGAGGAAAAUACCUUCUCUAGACCGCGCUCUUGUAACUAUUAAAAAGAAAGAUCUUUCUCUUCUUAAUCUGUAUAUUAAAUAUAGAGCUAUACUAUCAGUAGAUCUUCUAAUAUUUGCUAUAGCUUCUUGUAACAUGCCUCUACACUGUGCCAUUUACUAUACUAGAUCUAAUAUUGUCAAGCUGCUGUUGGACACGGAUACAGACCCGACAAUUGUAUCAGGCGGCAGGAAAACCUAUGGCAAAAGUCCUAUGCAGGUAGCAGAGAGCGUGCCAGAUCCCGGUACCCGGAGGGCUAUACUUAGUCUGCUUGAUUCCCAGGCUAGGCAAGAUUUUGCUUAG